UCAAAUAAUUAUAUAUCUCUCAAUAUGGCUUCAUUUUACUCUGAUGCCUUCCUAUACAAACAACCCCUUACCACCCACUCAACCACCAUCUCUUGGCCGAACCGCCCAAAAAUUCGGUUACGAAGGCGAGGCCGGAGACUCCCAUCAGUCCACCUUGGUGGGAGGAAACCGCGGCGAGGUUUCUUCCUAACUCGAAUAUUCCGGCGUAUACGCCUAAGAUGUAGGCUAAAACUACACUAUACUUUUGUGUUAAGGAAGCUUAAGAUGUAUUAUAGAUCAUUAAUCAAGGAUUUAAUUGAAGCUAAUGCUUCUAUUGAGUCUUAUCAACAAAGAGUCUUAAUGGAAACCUCUUUUGCUGUUCCUGUUGUUGGAGCUCCUUUGUGUAGCUACCCCACCCAAGUUGGUGCUAUGGGACAUCCUAGAUCCAUCAUCAUGUAAUAAAAAAAUUAUAUUUCUUUUUUUUUUCUUUCUUUUUUCUCUUUAAAUAUACUUUCUCUGUCCCUUUGAAUUUGUACUAUAAAACUUAAAUAUGUAAAAACUUUUAAAGUUUUAUGGUGUAAAUUCAAAAGUACAGACGAAGUAAUCCUUUGUAAGUAUUAAUAUUUGUAAAAAUAAUUAUUUUCCUAUGUUGUAUUAAUUCUCUAUGCUAAGGGUUUUUGUAUAAGUAUUUUAAUUUUUUUAUCCCUUCUAUUUUGUUCAA